UGCAUGAUCUUUGCCUGCUUCGAGGAACACUUUCAAUUUGGAAAGUGCAUUUUCCGUAAGUUUCAGUUGUUGCAGGGUUGUCCUCGCACUCACCUGACUGGUGCACGGGUAAAGACAUGGCUCCAACACUGUUUGACAUUGAUGCAAAGCCGGGGGAUCUGAUUGAAAUCUUUGGUGGAAUAUACCACCACUGGGCUGUUUUCAUUGGAGGAAAUGAAGUGGUUCAUUUAACUCCAACAACACAUAGAGGAGGAGAUCUGGGUGAGCUGUUCACAUUCCUUGAUAGCAGCACAGCUACAGUGAGGCGUCAGAAGAUCUGGGUUGUUGUUGGGUCCAACCGUUUCACUGUCAACAACCUACUGGAUGAUGAUUACCAGCCUCGUGACCCCGGCACCAUUGUCAGCGAUGCUGUGAAGAUGGUCGGUGAGGAGCACCCAUACAAUAUUGCCACUUAUAACAGUGAACACUUUGUCACAGAGCUUCGAUAUGGCAAACCAGAAUCCCGACAGGUUCAAACUGCAGCUGUGAUUGGAGGUGUCGCCGCAGCCGGUGUAGCAGUUGCAGUUGUGGGUGCUGCUUUGUUCUCUGCCCUCAGCAAAAAUAAAAACAAAAAAUAAUCAUUAAUAAAAUGGUUAAAUUUUAAGUUUAUUUCAUCUUUUUGAAAGAAAUGUUAAUUUUUGUAAUUUAGUAUUUGCUUUUAUUAUCUGCAAUUAUUUGCAUUUUGCAAAUGGAAAUUCAUUAUUUGUAAUAUUUUAUGAUGCAAUUCAAUAAAGAUGAUCCUUUAACUUGCAACUGAA